AUGGAGGGAGGAACAGAGCUGAUCCUGCAGGUGAUAGAGACGGACACGCUGCUGAGCGAGGGGUUACAGCUUCUGGGACGAGGACCUAAGCAGCCGUUUCCAUCUCUGGGAACCUUCAUCUCCUCGCUAAGCCAGAGGAGGGAUGCAGGAGGGCGGGGCUUUGCUGUGGGCAUCGGGGGAACCAUGACCGGCUCGCUGGGGAUCAGGCACACAGUGAGGGAGCUGCCGCCCAUCUGCAACGACGUCCGCCAGAAGCAUCGGCUCUCCAUCGACACCCUGCCUCCUGAAGUCAAAGCCCCGUUCCCCUCCGACCCCAUCAUCCCCCUCCGUACCAAGACCACCAGGGAGUUCCAGGAGGACGUGGAGCGCGCCGUUCACUCAGGUGACUGGAGGGAGGUCAGAGAGUUCUACCUGACCACCUUCGACUCCUUCAUAGAAAUCAACGCCGCCUUCAAGCGGGAGGCCAACGGAUUGUUUAACACUAUCGAGGACUCAGGGGUCAACGCCAAGUUCGUCAACGCCGUUUACGACUCGCUCCUCGGCACACCUCAGGACAUCCAGAAGUCUGUUUUAAAAGGGAUCAUCAACAGCCUGCUGAGAGAGUGGAAAGGCCCUCGGACAAAAGACGACCUGCGAGCAUAUUUUGUUCUAAUUCAGAAUCCGCAGUAUUCCAGUACCAGCACCUACGUGAUUUUCGCUCACCUACUGAGGCAGAUCGCAGCGUUGUCUGAGGCCGACCACCACUACCUGGUCCACUGGCUCAAGAGGCAAGUGAAGGUGGUCAGUAAUGAAACAAUCGACUGUUUUUGGUUCCUCAGGUUUUCUUUUUGUCAGUUUCCCUUCAUUCUGUCGACUGUGGUGAAGAAGGCCAUCAUCCAGAAAGACUCGGAGCAGCAGAUGAUCAGUCAGGCCAGACUAAGCCUGGUGAGCAAAGUUUCCAGGAGGCAGAGGGUCGAUAUGAACCUUCUGUUUCUGAACAUCAAAGUUCGACGAGCACAACUCCUCAACGACUCGCUGGAUGAGCUGAUGAGGAAACGGUGCGACCUGAAGAAGAAGCUGCGGGUGACGUUUGUCGGGGAGGCGGGGCUUGACAUGGGCGGCCUGACGAAGGAGUGGUUCCUGCUGCUGGUGCGUCAGAUCUUCCACACCGACUAUGGGAUGUUCUCCUUCAUGAAGGACUCACGCUGCCACUGGUUCAGCAGCUGGAAGUCAGACAACUAUUCAGAGUUCCAGAUGGUUGGAACCCUGAUGGGCUUAGCAGUUUACAACAGCAUAGCUCUGGACAUCCACUUCCCACUCUACUGUUACAGAAAACUCCUCACUCCACCAACGGCACCUUCUGAUCCUAAUGCUUUUGUUGGCAUGGCAACAGCCACCUUGGAUGACCUGCAGCAGGUCAUGCCUGACUUGGCUCAUGGAUUAGCGGAGCUUCUGAGCUACGAGGGAAAUGUGGAGGAGGACUUCUACCUCACCUUCCAGGUGUUCCAGGAGGAGAUGGGCGUCGUCAAAUCCUACAACCUGAAACCCGGUGGAGACAAGAUCCCUGUUACCAAGCAGAACAGGAAGGAGUAUGUCCAGCUCUACAUCGACUUCCUGCUGAAUAAAUCCAUUUACAAGCAGUUUGCUGCCUUCUACCAUGGCUUCCACAGCGUGUGCGCCUCUGACGCCCUCAUGUUGUUGAGGCCGGAGGAGGUGGAGAUGUUGGUGUGUGGGAGUCCGGAGCUGGAUAUGAGCGCUCUGCAGAAAGCUGCUCAGUAUGAAGGCUACGGCAAGAUGGACGCCACUGUGAGGUGUUUCUGGGAUGUGGUGCUGAGCUUCCCUCUGGAGCUUCAGAAGAAGCUGCUGCACUUCGCCACCGGGAGCGACCGGGUUCCUGUGGGAGGGAUGGCCGACCUGAACUUCAAGAUCUCCAAGAUCGACGUUCCAGCGGACUGGCUGCCGAUCUCUCACACCUGCUUCAACCAGAUCUGUCUGCCUCCGUAUCGAACCCGGAAAGAGCUGAAACACAAACUCACCAUCGCCAUCUCCAACGCCGAAGGCUUCGGCCUGGAGUGAUCAGUCUGCAAGCAAAAACGCCAACAGACACUGUUUACGUCGCCUCUGCCCUGAAUAUCUGGGAUCAAACUGCAGAGGAAUUAAGUGGUUGAAUCAACUGUUGCUUUUAUCUUCUGAUAGGCAGAUAAGACCCGAGCUUUAGCUCAACGACAGCUGAAGAACAGCUCUGUUAACCCAUUCAUUUGCACUCUCUAUCAGUUGGUUCUGGUUAUAAACAAUCCUGAUAGAAGGAAACCAAAUAAAGAUGAAUCUGCAACACUGUGCAAAACCUACAAGCAGAAUAUAUGUUUAGGUUCUUAUUGCAGAACUCAGUCAAGAGGCUCUUUAGCUAAAGACGGCGCUCUUUUGACAGAAAAAAAACAGUUUGG